ACAGAAAAAGGAAAAUGAAGAAGAAAAAGGUUUUGGCCAAAUAUAGACAGGAAGAAACAAAAAAAGGGGCAGGGUUUGAAGAACCCUAACACAAGCGGAGUUGGCGACAAAGCAUACUGCUAGGCACCUCAGGCAAGUUUAUAUUUCACAUCCAAUUUUUCUGUCGUUCAUAUGCAAAUCACUGCUAAAACCUCACUAUAAACCCCCCAAAAUAUGAUAACCCUGAUUAACAAAAAGCUAAUCUCACUCUCACUAACCUCUGACGGGCUUCACAAAUCCCCUCUCUGCAACUCAAUCUCACUCUUUUUCUACUCUUCGUCCCGACCCAAAAAGCGGAUAUCAAAACCCAAAAUUGCAGUAGCUGAAUACUUAAUCAGCCAGCACCAGUUUUCCCCAGAAGCCGCUCUGAAAGCCGCAUCAACAGUCGCUUAUCUGAAAAGCCCUGCUGAAUCCAGUUCGGUGAUUUCGUUUCUCAGGGAAAGCGGCUUCUCGAAAACCCAUCUGGAAGAUGUGGUUAAAAGGGUCCCCAGGAUUCUUAUUGCCAAUCCUGACAUUGUCCUCAAACCCAAAUUCAAGGUUUUCCAGGACUCGGGCUUUUCGGAUUCCGACAUUGUUGAUAUUGUGUCCUCUGACCCCUGGAUUCUGUUGCGAAGUGCCGAUAAUCAGCUUGGCCCUGCUCUGUUGGUGCUGAAGAACAUUCUCGGAUCGAAUGCUAGUGUGCUCAAGGUUUUAAAGUUGUCUGGGGGAGUUCUUAAAUAUGACUUGGAGAAGACAUUGAUGUCCAAUGUUGAGGUCUUACAGAGUUAUGGUAUAAAAUCGUCACAAAUUAUCAAAUACAUAUUUCAUUUUCCGAGAUUUUUUGUGCAUAAGCCGGAGAGCAUUGUGGAUGUUAUUAAAAGGGUUGACGAAAUGGGUUUCGAUAUGAAGUCCAAGAGGUUCCUAUCAGCAAUUCGGAUCAUGACUUCGCUCACUGUGGAGACAUGGGAACGGAAGGUGAAGCUUUUCAAGAGUUUGGGCCUUUCAGAAGAUGAUAUCUCGGCAGUGUUUAGGAGGGUACCCCAGGUGUUUGGAGUAUCUGAGAAGAAGAUUGAGGAGGUUACAGAGGUGCUUCUCAGCACUGGCAAGUAUGAUAUCUCAUUUAUAGUUAAUCACCCAGAAUUGCUUAUUUAUAGCGUCGAGCACAGGCUGAAACCACGACUACAAGUUAUGGAGAUCCUCGAAAAGAAAAAACUACUUGGGAAAACACCUAAUUUGACCACAAUCUGCAAGUACUCUGAACAAAAGUUUGCUGAAUUAUAUGUUGUUCCUUUUACAAAUGAACUUGAAGGAAGAGUGCAUGGAGUGGAAAUCAAUAUCUCCUGAUCGUUACUGAGGUGAUAACAUAUUGCAGAGCAACAGAAAACUCUGUUUGACACUAGGGAAUGAAUGUCAAAGCUUGUAUACUUCUGUACUAAAAGGAAAGUGGUAAGGGAUGCCAAGGAAAGACCCAAUUUUUUAAUCCCAUGGGGGUAGCCAAGUGGUGAGGGAGGGUAGGUUAAUGAACAAGGAUUAAGAUAGGUCAUGAGUUUGACUCCUCCAGUUUAUAACCGAAAAAAAAGGCAGUUCCUCUGAAGAGGAGAUUUUCGGAUGUUCCUGUUCUGAUACCAAUACAAGGACAUGUGAAACUCAACUUUUAGUUAGAUUGGACCAUUCAAGUACUAGUUUUUUGAGUCCUAAUUGCUUUUAUUUUUACCAAUAUGGCCUAACGUAUCCAUCUUUACUACUUCAAAGUCAAACUCGUCUUUUAAGCUCAUAGACCAUCAUAAUAAUUCAAACUGUUUCUAUACCUCAAACAUUUUGAUGUAAAUUAAACUUCAUAUGUCAAAGUUAUCUAAAGCGGAUGUGUUCCUCAUAUGCACCUGAGUUCAAAUCCUUCUCACUAUUUCGUUCAACUUUCACGGUUUCACCUAUGUUUCAAUAUUUUAUGAAAGGACAAUAUUAGGGUAUGAAUGUUGUUUACAGUGUGUUUGAGAAUGAUAGAGAUAUAGGAGGAAUCAUUGUGUUUAUGGGUCUGUGACAUCAUCCAUCUCUCACCUCACACUUUUUGAAAUUCAACUUCUCCAUCCAUGUUCACUUCACCCUACAUGUCUCAAAUUCUCCAUGAUGCAGAAGAUAAGCAAGGUCAACAAACAUAGAUAGUGCCUUUCAAUUUCUCCAUUAUUUUUCGCAACUUUAGACUUGGGCUAGCUUGCUUGCCCGCCAUGUUUAUUGAACUUUUUUUUUUUAAAUCUUAACUUAUGGAUUAAAUGAACAGAAGACUAUGAAUUAGUUAAGUGAGCACAGUAUUAAUAGUAUAUGUGGGUUAGUCGAUUUGACAAACACUGUGCUCGCUCCUUUGUACUCCAGUUUGAACUUGUUCAUAGAUUAGAGUGGUUAAGAAUAUCGCAGGAUAAUACAAUAUUAUGAAAAUCCAUGUUAGCAUGGUAUUAUGAAAUCCAAUUCCUUGCUUAUUGAGGAGUAUACAUUGGGAAGUUUAUACUAUGUUUUAUUGUAUGACAUGCGCUGGAAUAAUGAAGGAAUAAUGAAGGAUUAAAUGCGUGGUCAAAGGUCCAAUGAACAAUAAUUUAACGACCAUAACUCUCUAUAUCAUUUAAGGGAGUUGCAAUGGCUUUGACUGCAUUUCUAAUUUUAGUGUUUGUGGCUUGCAAUUUAAACAAGAGAUGCAGAGUUUAGUAGGUUAAGUGAGGAGAUACAGACAAUGUACUUUUUCAUAAGAGUUUAGUACCUCAGAACGAAAUGUCAAAAUUCUAGGUGUAAUAUCAUUGUGCAUAUUUGACCUCAAAAAUCUUUCUAAACGAAGUGUUAUUUACCA